UGGUUCAAUUCAUUGAAACUGAAUACACAGUAACACACAAUUGUGUUUCUCUAACGAAUGCUACGCUUUCCAUAGAUAAGAUCUGGCAACCUUGUUUUGACAUCAGUCAAACGCGUACAUAAAAAAAUUUUCGUAGGAAAUUUCCUGAACUGCUGCUACUUUCCAUUAAAAUAUAAACAAAAAUAACUUUGUAUUAGCGUUUUUUGGAAGUAAAUUUUUAAACUAAUUGAGAUCUAAACGGUGUUAGUGUGUAUAUUGAGUUUACUAUUAACUGUUAUUUACAAUUGAUCUAAUACCAUUGUGUGCUUGGUGUAUUGCAUCUGAAGUGCUUAUAUUAAUUGAAUUAAUAAACGCACUGUACUAAAAUGGCUGCAACUCAGCAAUAUUCAUUACGUUGGAACAAUUAUUUUCGUCAUUUAACUUAUGCUUUGGAUAAUCAUCGCACCAAUGAUGAUUUUGUGGAUGUCAGCCUCUGCUGCGAUGGACGAAAAAUUAAAGCGCACAAGGUUGUAUUGUCAUCAUGCAGCAGUUACUUUAAAGAGAUUUUUAAGGAGAAUCCCCAUCCGCAUCCAGUUAUCAUAUUUAAAUUCAUUAAAUUUGAAGAUUUAAAUUCUAUAAUAGAAUUUAUGUAUCAGGGUGAAGUUAAUGUACAACAAGAGGCGCUACAAUCAUUUUUACAAACAGCUGAAUUACUUUCCGUACAAGGUUUAACAACUGAAGAAAAAGAAAAACCAAAGGCUCCACCACCAAUGGAAGAACAGAAACUAAUAAAAAAUAUGCCAAGUACCACGAUUAGACCAAUCACUGAAACUGGUACGGCAACGCAAACUAUCGACUUGCCAGCAACUUCUAUAAUAGGACAUCAGUUACAAACACAACAACAGACAUCGCCACAGCAUCAUGAUGUACAAACUCAAGUUCAACAAAUACAAGUUCAAUCGCCACAACCAACUGUUCCUCAGGCACAGACCACACAUCAACUGCAACAACAACAACAACAGCAUUUACAACAAACUCAUAUUGCCCAAAAUACAAUCACCCUGCCAGCAAAUUCAAUUAAAAAGCGUAAAAUAACGUUUUCUGAUGAUGAUGAUAAUAUAUAUACCACCGAAACUGUAGAUUUUGUUAAGGAGGAACCUAGCGUUGUUAAAUGUCGCAUCAGUGAUUCUACUGAAAUGGCAUUCAUACGCAAUAAUGUUAAACUAGACAUGCCGGAAUAUAUUCAUGUGAAUGACAUGGAUGACAGCCAACAGUUGUCUGAUACGCAGGUAACCACACAGGAUACAACAACGGUUACACAAAAUGUAACGCAAUACACGUCAGAAUAUGAAAUACUAACUGAGUCAGAAAUUGAAGAUAAAUUUCAUCACGCUGAUGCCGAUAACACCGAAAUAAGUAUUGAAAUGGGUCGUUUACUUAAUUCGACUUGUACAACUACUUCCACAACGCAGCAGACUCUAGAAGAAGGCACCAUUGUGACGACACUAAAAUCGAUUGGAAAAAAUAAUACCCAACCAGAUUUGCCAAAUAAUAAGUGGACAGAAUGUCAGUUUUGCAAAAUGGUUAUAACUACGGUAAAUCUUUGGAGACAUAUUCGUACACAACAUACACCACAGCCUCCGCGUCAAUGUGAACUAUGCAAUAAAAAUUUUAAGAAUAAAUACAGUCUACGUGAGCAUAUACGUAUCUCACAUGAGCAGAAAAUCGCAGUGAAGACGGAGAACUGAUUGACAAUUUUUCAUUUGCGACGAGCUGUUGCUCAGGAUAUAAUGCAGAGUAGUCGCAAUGAUUAAUGUACUUUGAAAAUUAAUUUUGACGUAUCAAAGAAUUGAUUUUAUUUAAUGAACAACAAAAAAGCACAUAGAUUUAAAGAGCAAGAGAUGUAGAAGAGUAAAUAUAGUGCAUGAAAACUUACAGGGCAUUAAGUUCUUAAUUAAUAACAAGUAUUGUCAUAUAAACUUUAAUAAAGCAAUUAAUUGCUUUGAAAAAUAAAACAAAAAAAAUAAUUUGCAAAC